UCCGCAGCGGUGCUCAUCCUUCGAAGGCUGCCCCUGCUUCAGCAAUUGCUUCCGCGCUCUCGCACGAGGCGGAGCUUCGAUCGCGACGCCGAGAGGAGGUUCGCAUUCGCACGAGCAGCUUCGGAGGCAGACGCAGCGAGAGCAGAAAUUCGACCCGACAAAUCGCCGGAGCAAAGUGCCGUCGCGGGCGGGCCUCGCAGAAGCUGCCAGGGUUGUGGAUGCGAUUCUCGGCAGUCGAAAGCUGGUUUUAGUUCCUCUCCGGACGACUCUGCGAGUUUACGCAGCUCAGAGCAAAGGAAGACAGCGACCGUGCUGUGGGUUUAGGUUUGUCGACAAUGUCCUACAAUAAUGUUAUCGGUGGCAAGUUGAAGCUGAAAGGCAAGGCGUUGGAUGUGAAAGCGGGCGGAUUGAAGAAGAAGAAGAAGAAGAGCAAGGAGUCGAUAGAGCAGAAGCUUCUCCAACUGAAGGAAAAGGAGGAAUUAGAACAUGGGUCAGACGCAGAGGAGAAAAGGGAAUCUCCGGCACAUGACGACCAGGAGGUACAAGGAUUAGGAGGAGGAGGAGGAGGAGGAGGAAGUAAUGAUAGACAACUUGCUGUAUAUGAGGAUCAUCGGACACCUGCAGAGAAGAAGUACGAUGAGCAGAGAAUAGAAUUAGAGACACGCCGUCUUGCCAAGGUGGCGAGUAAAUCACAUAGACAAAAGAUUGAGGAGUUUAAUCAGUAUUUAGCAAACUUGAGUGAGCAUUAUGACAUCCCGAAGGUGGGACCAGGAUAGGAAAUGGCCGAGGAUGCGGUGUUUCCGACGCUGUACGGGGGAUUUUUAAUUUUACUUUCUGGAUAUGAAGCGCGAGGUCAGUUCGUGUGAUUUAGCAGUAUUUUAGAGGACUAUCUUAUUAUGCUCAUGACGUUUCAUGUUGAACAUGUACAAUUUGUAGCAGCUUAGACUAGUUAGCUCAGACACUUUCCGAUCAAGUGGGAGCAAAGUUUUGCGAAGUUUUUCAGACUCGGAAAAGUGCAAUGUAUGAGGGAGUUCAUUGGGUCGCUGUGAAUUAUCCCUAGAUCUGCAAAAUAGAAAGCAUUUCAGGAUUGAGCUGUUUUAACUUGUCACUUUGUAUGUUACCGCAUCUUUCAACGAGUAAGCCAAGGUUGGUCUACUCGUCCUCUGAUGCCGACAUUAUGCCGAGUAAGCGAAGGUUGGUAGGGGUCCAUUCGCAAUGCAUUUCCUCUCUCGGAGCGUAGUCUAUGUACCAUCUUUCACCUGU